UUGGGUGAACUAUCCCUAUAUAGGACUAACCAUAUAUGAACUGUCCAUUUAUUUAGUCUAUUGAUGAGUUAGGCAAUGUGAAAAACGUAUCUGCCUCUAUCCCUAGACAUGUACAUUCUACUUUACCUAUACUAUUAAAAAUGCGCUCAAAGCAUUUAUCUGCAAUUGUAGGUUACGUGCGUUCAGGCGACUUGCCUUCCUCCACGUACCCCUCCCCUUACUACUUUAGAAACUUGCACCCAUUCAUUAUGAUUCAUUUACAUUCCGGGCACGGAUUUCCACAAAGAACGGGAGUGGAUGACAGAACAACAGACACAGAAAAGAGGUAACGAAAUAUAGUGGACUGGAAAUAUAGUGGACUAGAAAAAGUUGAUGAACAGAAUAUCACUGGCUGUUACAGUGUUGCAACACUACAAGAGAGACGAACACAUGUUAUCUCAAGGUUUAGAGUGGUGAGUCAGCCCACUGCGGAGCGGAGCCCCUCCUCACAUACAGAGCUGCCAGACAAGGUGUUCUCCAGGAGUGUUGUCCCCCCCACCACUCUAUCCAGCCCCUCAAGGCUGAGAGGAUCAAAUAACUACACAACAGGACCGACAGGAUCCACACUCCUCUGGACAGGAUAUCCUAAUAGUUGAAAGUAAAUGAGGAGGGGAGGUGAUGAUGUCUGAGGAUAGCUGUGGCCGAAAAUGCUGCAGGGUAAUGUAUAGCUGCAACUGGAGGCAGCCCAGUGAGAGGAAACGAAAAUGUUCCUGCUGCUGGUUGUCGGUCCUUACCGCUGUGUCCCUGCUCACUCUCUUCUGGAUGUACGUCUGUCUGAUGGCUUUCAAUGACCGUGAGGAUGUCAACUGGAAGGCCUUUUCCAUUCUUAAACUGUGGGUGAACUGGUUCAUGGUGCUGAUCGUUAUCGCUGCUGUACUGACCAUCUACUGCAUCCUGCUACUGGUAUUUGCACUGGUCCAACUUGCCUUGAAAGAGCCUUUGGACUUACACUGUCUACACAAGUUGUUCCUGUUUUUAGGUGUGGUCUUCAUCGCCCUGGGCACCACUGGAAUAAGCCUACAGUGGAAAAAAGAGUGGCACACUGUUCUCCUGUCACUACAGGCCACGGCUCCAUUCCUACAGAUGGGAGGGGUUGGAGCCCUGACCUUGGUAAGCUGCCUGGUGUUCCAGUGUUUCCAAAGGACCCGCAGAAUAGCCUCUAAGAUCCUCAUCAUGGUAGUGUUUGCUGGCGUGUCGGUGGCAAUCUUCCUCAGCCCCCUCCUCAUCCAAUCCCCUUGUCUGGUGGAGGAGAAACAGCUGCCCCCUAAACCUGCCCUUAUUGGUCAUCGCGGAGCACCAAUGCUGACCCCAGAGAACACCCUGAUGUCGUUCAGGAGGAGUGUGGGGUGCCACGUGAUCGCCUUUGAGACGGACGUGCAGCUCAGUAAGGACAGAGUUCCUUACCUGAUGCAUGACCACGGAAGCCAUUUCCUGAGGAGGACUACAGAUGUUCUACAUAAGUUCCCUGGGAAAGACUUCAACCACAGCACAAACCUCACCUGGGAGGAGCUACAGGAAUUAAACGCUGGUGAUUGGUUCCUGAAGACGGAUCCGUUCUGCUCAGUCUCCCAGCUCUCAGAGCAGGAGAAGAAGACAGCUGGGAACCAGAGUGUUCCCUCCCUUCUGCAGUUGCUGGACCUAGCCAAGACUCACAACACCUCUGUCAUCUUUGACCUAAAAAAUGAUAACAACAAUGACACUAUCGACACCGUGAACACCAUCCUCAAAUCUGGCAUCCCCCAAGACCUGAUCCUCUGGCUUCCCCCCAAACACAGGGUGGAUGUGAGGGAGGUCGCACCAGGGUUCAUACAGGUCUACAACGAUGUGUCUGAUAUGGACCUUGACAGAGGAGACCAUCUGAAUGUCAAAUACAGUGCUUUGAGUGCCACAGAGAUUUGGGAGCUUAGGAGCAGGAAUGUGUCAGUGAACCUGUGGGUGGUGAAUGAACCAUGGCUCUUCUCUCUGCUGUGGUGCUCGGGGGCUAACUCUGUGACCACCAACGCCUGCUCCCUCCUACAGGACAUGACCCAGCCUGACUGGACAAUGAGACCUGAUAGAUACAGAAUGAUAUGGAUCACAGUGGACCUGGGGUCAUUGCUCAUAAUGGUCACACUGUUCAUUUUACAGAGGGAAAGAGAAGCAAAGAAAGGAUUUUCCGGCUGGAAUCAGAGAGAAUUGUCCCUCUUCUUACCCUCUGAAUAGUUUGAUUGAAGCCUGAAACAGAACAGCCUGGAUCCAGACCCCCCCCCCUUGAAUCAGGGAGGAAUUUUAAAUUACAGUAUUUCAAAAAAAUGGUGGAUCACAUAGAAUACAUUUCACUUGCCUGACGACUCAAACUUGGGUGGCAGGUAGCCUAGUGGUUAGAGCGUUGGGCCAGUAACCGAAAGGUUGCUAGACCCAAUCCCCGAGCUGACAAAGUAAAAAUCUGUCAUUCUGCCUCUGAACAAGGCAGUUAACCCACUGUUCCUAGGCUCUCAUUGUAAAUAAGAAUUUGUUCUUAACUGACUUGCGUAGUUAAAUAAAUAAAUACACUGAAUUAUUCCGCUGCUCUGUUGUUCUCUACAUGCUUUCGUCUGACUGCCAUUAUUGAACUCGUUUGAGGUGAUGUCAUAAUAAGAGGUGUUGUACAAAACAAAGUAAUCAGCAAUUGGAUCAUCUCUAACCAAUCAGUAGCAAAGCCAAUGAUUGAUUUUCAAACCUCAGCUUUACCCACGUGUGUUCUGGCUCUGGCCCAGGCCCAACCCAUCAGAUCCAGGGAACGAUUAGAAUGUUUUUGCCAUUAUAGAAAUUGUCAUGGAGGUACUCGGAUCUAGACUCAUUGCAAAGAAGAAACUAACAUCUAUGGUCAUGGCGUACCGAUUGGCCAGAUGCAAGGAGUUUUAUGAACAAAGUUGUAAAGAGUAUAUUCUUACAGAAAAUAUAUUUGUGUUACACUUUAUUUGUUAAAAUAAAUAAAUAACAUAACUGGUUCACUCUACACAUUACACAGUAAUCUUAUUUGGAAACUAUUGGUGUUGAUAAAUGUCAGUACUAUUUCCAGUGCACUUAGGGUUACAUUCUGAAGGAGAGAUUUUCCAAUCCAGAUUUGACGUGUAUGUGUUAAUGAAAUAAACGUUUUAUGAUGAG